AUGUGCAGUUUGAACAACACCACGGAAUUUGAAUUUGUGAAGACGUUCCAGUACGUGGUGCACAUCCCAACAUUCACCAUGGGACUGGUCUUCAAUUCAGCAGCGCUCUGGAUACUCUGCUUCAGAUUGAAGAAUUGGACAGAGUCUGUUAUCUACAUGACAAAUCUAAUAUUUUCCGACGUGUUUCUGCUUUUCUCUCUACCUUUCAAAAUGUAUGCCUACCAGGUAGAAGGGAAGUGGCAUCUCGGUUCACGCUUUUGUCAGUUUGUGGAGUCCCUCUACUUUGUCAACACCUACGGGACCAUCCUGUUGAUCAUGCUGAUAUCUCUGGAUCGGUACGUUGCUAUCAAGCACCCCUUCCUGGCGAGAACCCUCAGAUCGCCAAAGAAAGCCACCAUUGCCUGCACUGUUCUGUGGGUCUGUGUCUGGUCAGCAAGCAUUCCAAAUUACUUGCAAAACAGUCCACCCAAUGAUGGACAGUGUUUCUCGGGUUUUUCUGAUUUUUGGAAAGGUGGUGCAAUUCCUCUGAGUAUGCUCACUGUAUUCUUAAUUGCUGCAUCUGCUGUGGUUUUCUGCAGUGUUCGAAUUGUAAGAACUUUACGAAGAGUGGUUGAAGGGAGAGAAGACAUUAAUCUGAGUAUGUCUAUGAAAAUAAUCUCUUCCAAUCUGGUAACCUUCCUUGUCUGCUUUACUCCGUAUCACGUAGCCCUGUUGCUAUACUUGUUGGCAAGAAAUUGUCUCAUAGCAAAGGAUUACCUGGUAUCACUGCGUGUGUUUCUCCAGAUCUGUCAAUGUUUGGCGACGACAAACUGUUGUCUGGAUGCGAUGUAUUACUAUCUGAUCAUUAAAGAGUUCUGGAAGUCGAAAGACAAGAGGAUAAAGCAAUUAUUUCCAACUAUAUGA